AUGUCUGCUACCCCCUCUACUGGUUCAAAUACCGGUUCAAUGACUACUCCUGCCUCAUCUUCUAAUAAUACGACGCCAAAUAUUGGGUCGUCAUCUGCCCGACCAAGAGUUACUACUACUCUAUGGGACGAUGAGAGCACCUUGUGCUUCCAGGUAGAAGCAAAGGGUGUUUGUGUUGCUAGACGUGAAGAUAACGAUAUGAUUAAUGGUACUAAACUCCUCAAUGUCGCUGGUAUGACUAGAGGCCGUCGAGACGGUAUUCUUAAAGCUGAAAAAGUCCGCCAUGUUGUCAAGAUUGGUGCCAUGCACUUGAAAGGUGUAUGGAUUCCUUUUGAUAGAGCAAUGACUUUUGCUAAUAAAGAGGGUAUUGCUGAUAUGCUGUACCCACUAUUUCUGCCUGAUAUCAAGAGUUUACUCUAUCAAAAUGGAAACGGGUCCUCCGCUUCUUCCUCUUCUGUCAAUGUCGGAUCUAACGGUGGUUCAAACACUGCCACUACCCACUCUGGCGUUAUCAACCCUAAUUCAAAUCCCAACAAUGUUGGUGUACUUGGUGUUGCUAACGGCGGUCUUUCUUCCAUUCCUAACUCUACCCUUGGAGCUCCUGCUAAUUCUAAUAGCAUUAAUACAGGAUACGGCAGAAUGAAGGAUGAAUUUUACUCCUACUCUAAUCCUUCCCAGGAUGAUAGCUCUUCGUCUAGUGACGGUCGUCCCGCGAAACGAAGGAAUACCCAGCCUCAAGCUCCUCCUUCCUCCCAACCCCAACAACAACAGUAUUACUACCAGUACCAGGACGUCUAUAAUAACGGUUCUCAAUAUUCUGGCAUUCCCCACCCUCAACAACGCCAACAGCAGCAACAGCAACAACAACAACAACUUCAGCAGCAACCUGGUUUGCAAAGAUACAUCUCCACUCUUGGAGGAAACGGUGUCACCCCCAGUGCUGGUGGAUCUAGUAGUGGUUCUAUUCCUAAUUCGUCUACUCCUUCGUCUCAAUCACCUGUUUACGAGUAUGCUCCUCCUCCACAAAACGCUGGUCAACAGCCUCUUUACCAAGGAUAUCCAUCUUCUUACACUUAUCAGGUUCUCCAACAGCCUCAAUCUUCUGCUGGCCAGUCACCAAUAUCGACCAAUGCUAAAACUGCCACUGGAACUGGCUCGUACCAGGCCCAUGACUCUGUUAAUGCAGGCGCUGCAAACACCUACCAGCCAGACUACUACGCCAAACCAAGUCAAGGUGGUCAACAACAGCAACAGGCCCAACAAACUGGUCCUUAUGGCCUUCCUCCUCAACCUUCAUACGCAGCUUACUAUGGCGGUUCCGCUGCUAUUCCAACAAACUUGACUGUCAACCGUAAUGCUUCUUACAGACCUAAUUCCGGUACCCUACCCCCACCAUCUGUACUUUCUGGUACCACCGACUCUUAA